AUGUCGGCAGCUUGGCGUUGCACAGCCUUGCACUCUCGAGUUACUACAGGAUUUUUGGAGUAUUCUGGCAUAAAAACGAUACUUCCAUUAUUGGGAAAAACCACACAAUAUAAAAAUGAUUGCAAUCAAAAUUCUUCAACGAUACCGAAGAGAAAGUUCCAUUGCAGUAAUAAAUGUUAUUUUGGACCCAAAAAGAAAUUAAUAGUGAAACGUAAAGCUCCCACUAAAGAAGUUAAUAAGCUAUUGAAAACACCUGUAGACGAUGUCUAUUUAGCAGAUCUUUAUGAACCAAAGUUUUAUGAUAUUUUAGAAGCGAUUACAACCUUGAAAAGAUAUACAGAGCUGGAUUUUUCUGACCCUGAUUCAAUUGUUAAGCUCAAUAUGCAACUUCACCCCGCCCCCAUGAAAAAGGGUCGGCAUCAGCAGAUAUUUUCAGUUGUUGAACUGCCAAAUGAAUUUGAAUACGAUAACAAAAUAUGUGUCUUCACAGAGAAUGUUGACAUUAUCACAGAGGCAUUGCAAGAAGGCGCAAGCCGAGCUGGUGGCGAUGAUAUAAUACAAGAAAUAAGUUUCGGAAAUUUAAAGUUUGAUGCUUUUGUUACAACGUUAGAGUUUCAUAAGUCAAAGUUAUUUGGAAAUAAAGAAGCCACAAAAGCUAUUGGAAAAUUGAUGCCGAAAAGACACAGUGGAAUUACUGAAGAUAUUAUUGGAAAACUGCAGGAGUUUAAGACCGGUACGAUUAUUACAAAUUUAAGCAAAUCAGAAAAUGAGUCGUCAGUUGUAGUCGGUCGGAUUAACCAAAGUGCAGAAGAAUUAACAGAAAAUAUUGAAUUUGUAAUGGAGCUUAUAAGAGGAAACCAGAAUCCAAAACAUCCCCCAAUCAUAAAAAAUGCUCAAUUAAAUUGCUGUGAAGAACAUUUGCCACUAAAUAUUGUUAUUGAUUCGGAUUUAGACUGA